UCUCCUUUUUCAUCUGGUUCACAGAAAGAAAGAAAGAAAGGAGAAGAAAAAGUCUUCGUCGUUGUCUUUUACUAGUGUGUGAGAGAGAGAAGACGAUCCAACCAUCUGUCUUUCUUCCUUUUCUCCACACUUUCAACUCCCUUUCCCCAGAAAACAACCUCUUCCUCUUUGCAUCUUAAUAAAAUCGUCUUUUGUCCCUUUCUUAAACCUUAAAAAAGAGCUUCCUGUAAUCAAUUAGAUAUAUCUGUAGAGUUGAGUUGAUUGAUUGAUUGACUAUUUAAGCCAGCUUUGGGUCAAUAGUUUCCCGAUUUAGGAAAUUUUAGGGGUUAGGGUUUUCUUUGGGGUGUGUGUUUGUGCUUAAUUUGGUAAGAAGAUGGCUACAAUUCUAAGAAAGUUCUCGGCUUUACCAUCGCCGAUUCGUAGAAGAGAUAAUGAGGAUGGUGAUGAAACUAGUCAUAAUAAUGAUUAUUCAUUUGCCAUGGAGUAUAAAGGUCCUCUUAUUGCUAAUCUACCAAGAGCUAAUCCUGUCCAAGUUGAUCAGAUUCCUACUGCUCUCCCCGUUUCCUUUUCUUCACUGUCUAGUGGUGUCUCUUACCCUGUGGCUCAGCCUCUUCCCGUUAGGGCUAAGAAACCACCUCAGGAGAAGAAGAAUAAGAACGGUUUGGUUGGUUCUGCAUCUAGUCCUAGUGUGGUUUCUUCAUCAUCAUCAUCAUCAAAGAGGUUGGAGGUAGCUGGAGAAGCGAAAAGUUGUGUUUAUUCACCAUCAUCAUCAGCAGAAGUAAUAGAGGAGUCAGAUGGUGAUGAUGAUGAUGAUGAUGAUGAUUGUUCGGAUGGAGAACCUGGCAACCGUGUGAGAUUCGAUGUGCAAAGUCACGGCAGUGAAUGUGGUGAUGAAAGCUUUUACAUGUCUGAUGGGGAGAGUGUGAUAACUGCUGCAACGCCUAUAGCUGAGAGGAAAGGGAAAAAAGGGUCGUGCUACCGAUGCCUGAUGGGGAACAGGUUUACUGAGAAGGAACUCUGCGUUGUCUGCUGUGCCAAGUACUGCUCCAACUGCGUGAGGAGAGCCAUGGGUGCGAUGCCUGAAGGAAGGAAGUGUCAGAGUUGCAUCGGUUUCAGAAUCUCCGAGUCUAAUAGAAAGAGUCUUGGAAAGUGUUCGAGGAUGCUGAAGCGUGUUCUCACGGAUUCGGAGCUUAAACAAGUCAUGCGGGAUGAGAUCUCCUGCAAGGUGAAUCAGCUGCCUUCGCGGCUUAUCGCUGUCAAUGGGAAGUCUUUGGAUGAGGAAGAGCUUUACGUGUUGCAGACUUGUCCUAAUCCACCGAAAAAGUUGAAACCUGGAGACUAUUGGUAUGAUAAAGUUGCUGGCUAUUGGGGAAAGGUAGGAGAGAAACCUUGUCAGAUUAUAAGUCCCCACAUGAACAUAGGAGGGAACAUCAAGAAGGAAGCAAGCAAUGGUGACACAGAGAUUUGCAUUAAUAACCGGGAAAUAACCAAGAGUGAGCUCAUGAUGCUCAAGAUGGUUGGGGUGCAGUGUGAAGGGAAGCCUCAUUUUUGGGUCAAUUCAGAUGGAACUUACCAAGAAGAAGGUCAGAACCGUAUCAUGGGGAACAUUUGGAGUAAGAAAAGAGCUAGGGUUGCUUGUGCGGUGUUCUCUCUGCCAGCUCCUCCGACUUCAUCUGCAGUAGAACCAAAUGAUGAACCUGUGUAUGAGCAUAAAAUGCUUAACAAGCUUCUUCUGAUUGGUGAGGAGAAAUGUGGUGCCACUACGAUUUACAAACAAGCAAGGUCUCUCUAUAAAGUCCCAUUCCCUGAAGAAGAGCGUGAAAGAAUCAAAUUCGUAAUCCAAACAAAUCUCUAUGCUUAUCUGGCGAUGGUUCUUGAGGCAUACGAAGAAGAAGAGAGGAACAAUAAUAGCCAGUCCUCGGACCAAACAGAUGAGACCAGUGCUAAAACAGUGAGCUCAAUCAACCCGAGACUAAAACAUUUUUCAGAUUGGCUUCUGAAAGAAAAGGAAGAAGGAAACCUGAAGAUAUUUCCAGCGUCAAGCCGGGAGAAUGCUCAAACCGUUGCAGAGCUCUGGAGAGUACCAGCCAUACAAGCCACCUACAAAAGACUUCGCGAUACACUUCCCAGAAACGCUGUUUAUUUUCUUGGACGAAUUCUGGAGAUCUCAAGAGCAGAAUACAAUCCUAGUGAGAUGGACAUAUUGCAAGCGGAGGGACUCUCGUGUAUAGAAGGACUUUCUUGUGUGGAGUUCUCAUUCCCAUCAACAGCUCAAGAAGACUCUCUGGAUAUCGAUUAUCAGCACGAUCCAAAAAUGAAGUACCAACUAAUCCGGUUAAAUCCAAGAAGCCUUGGAGAAAACUGGAAACUGCUGGAAAUGUUUGAAGACGCUGACUUGGUGAUAUUCUGUGUCUCAUUAACAGACUAUGGAGAAUACAUUGAAGAUAGCGACGGGGUUCUUGUGAACAAGAUGAUAGCAAACAAACAGCUCUUCGAGAGCAUGGUGACUCACCCGAUCCUAGCUAACAAAAGAUUCCUCCUGGUCCUAACCAAAUUUGAUCUCCUUGAAGAGAAAAUCGAGGAGGUUCCUCUAAGAACCUGUGAGUGGUUCCAGGACUUCAACCCGUUGAUCAGCCAGAACCAGACGAGCAGACACAACCCUCCGAUGGCUCAGCGUGCUUUCCAUUACAUCGGGUUUCAGUUCAAGAGACUGUAUGAUUCACUCGUGGGCCCCUAUUCGAUGCAUGGUGGCGGUAAGUCCUUUAGGCCGAAGCUGUUUGUUUCUCAAGUGAGCUUGGAGAGUGAUACUGUGGACAAUGCACUGAGGUAUGCGAGAGAUAUUCUUAAGUGGCAUGUUGAAGAAACUUCCAUGUUCCAAGAGAUGUCCACUACUAGUAUCGAGGCCAGCUUAUCCUCUUGAUUCUUCCACAAUUGAAAAUUCUUUUCUUUUUUCCUUUUCCUUUUCUUUUAGAAGAAUGUGUGUGGAUAAUACAUGUAAUAUAUGUUUGUAUGAUGUGUGUGUACGAUAGUUAAUCUUUAAAGAAAACACAUACAUGUGAUUUAAAGUGACUACAGUUGGGAGA